UUGUACCUGAUAGUCGAUCAUACUCACUUACUUAGGACUCCUUAUCUGUUCCCUAUUCUCUGUGUUGUUAUUGAAUUCGUUGUUGCUUUCUCAACAGCCGUCACAUUCUAUAUUGGGUAUAGUGAAUUUGACGCGAACAGCCUUCCAUUCAAGCUUUCACAGGAGCAGUUGGAUUACAUGUCCUCGAGGACAGUUGGAUCUUAUAGAAUGAAGUCUUUCAAAGAAAUAUUCUAUCCGGUUUAUUUCGUUUUGUUGGUUGUAAUAGGCCUCGUAUGCCUUGUAUUAACUGCAUUUGAGAUCGUUCGUACUAUUCAUAAGAAACAAAGCCUUAUGUCUACCGUUAUAUGCAAGCAUCAUCUGAAAGCGCUGAAAGUUCUAACGAUCCAGGGGGUUUGUACCGCAUCAAUAUCUUGCUGUGCUCCUAUCGCAAUUGCCCUUUCGAUCUUUAUCCCUGUAAAUUCAAUCGUGAUUUAUGGUUGCUCGUUAUUGUUGGGUACUAACUCUAUGGUCCAGUCUGUUCUCGCCAUCUGCUUGAAACCAGCUUCCCGAAAAACUGUUUUGACUCUCAUCGGCUUUCACAAACCUGAAUCACGAAAGAAUACUGUCCGAGUAGAUGCAAAGUAG